UAUGUACGACUAAUGUAAGGACGAAGCAUUGCAGGUGCUGCCUAGAGGAAUUUCGAGGCCGAGACGGAGGUUUGAAGUCUUUGUCGAGCGGGGUAAGAAUUCCCAUGUACAUACUUGCAACCCGCGGAUCGGGACACAAUCUCUUCGAGUGAAUGUUCGGAUUUGGAGAGCCGGUUCGGCGUUUUCCUUCCGGUCCGUACAGCCGAGCCUUCAUACGGUGCAGGCGUGGUGCUUUCUUUUUUGCCAUUGAUAGCGGUUUGCACAGCGGGGCAAGUAUAGGUACCCCUCUUCAACAACGAAGACAGACUCACGACCUCAGCUGCCUGCGCGGGAGGGGGGGAUAUCGAAAGCACCCACGCAUCUGUAUGCGCGUGGUUGCGCGAAGAAAAAAAAACACCUUUGCCCUUACCUCUUGGUUGCGCCACUACCAUUCAGCAAGUCGACAGGCAAUAUUAGCCGUGCUAAUGAUGAUGGUGGUGGUGGUGGUGGUGUUGGUGUUGGUGUUGGUGUUGAACACGGACUUCUGCACUAUACCCAGUGCCAUCCCGAAUAGGUCAUCGCAGGCGCCAGAGCAGUUCACGACAACAGCAUGUGCUGAAGAGUUGUCCAAGCGUCAGCAGCUCUUCAUCAGAACAUGUUGCGGUGGGCAGAAGAUCAUUCCACAAAUCUGAGAAUCGAAUGGAUGAGGAGAGGCGAGAACAUCAAGUCCGUGCGCGGUGACCCAGACCCCAGUAUGGACUUAUCUGGUAUGCUAAGAAGGAAGGGUUGCUGUGCUGCGGU